AUGAAAAUUCAGUGUGAUGUGUGUGAGAGAGCUCCAGCAACAGUGAUUUGUUGCGCAGAUGAGGCAGCUUUGUGUGCCAAAUGUGAUGUUGAAGUCCAUGCUGCAAACAAGCUAGCUAGCAAGCACCAAAGGCUUCUUCUUCAAUGUCUAUCAAACAAGCUUCCCAGAUGUGACAUUUGCCAAGACAAACCAGCAUUCAUAUUUUGUGUUGAAGACAGAGCACUCUUCUGUCAGGACUGUGAUGAACCAAUUCAUUCAGCUGGAAGCCUUUCUGCAAACCACCAGCGCUUCCUAGCCACUGGUAUCCGAGUGGCCUCAAGUUCUAAUUGCACCAAAGACAAUGAAAAUGUUCACUUGGAGCCUCCUAAUAGGAAUGCACAACAAGUUUCCACGAAAAUUGCUUCUCAGCAAGUGCCUAGCUUCACAUCCUCUUGGGCUGUUGAUGACUUGUUGGAAUUGACAGGCUUUGAAUCACCAGAGAAAGAAUCUCUACAAUUUGGAGAGCUGGAAUGGCUUACAGAUGAGGGUAUUUUUGGUGAACAAUUUACUCAGGAAGCCUUGGCUGCAGCUGAAGUACCUCAGCUUCCAGUAACUCAUAAUAGCAGCACUGUUGCCUCAUACAGAACCUCCAAGUCCUACAUCUCACACAAAAAGCCUAGGAUUGAAGCCGUAAAUGAUGAUGAUGAUGAUGAUGAGUACUUUACUGUGCCUGAUCUUGGCUAA